GUCAUCAUCCUGCGCCCGCCUGCCUCGCGACGUGCCGGCGGCUGGCGCAGCCCUCUGCUCGCCCGGCCUCCCCCUCCCUGGUUCCGCGCUCUGGUUCCGCCAUGGAAUCCAACAAGGAUGAAGCCGAGCGCUGUAUUACCAUCGCCCUCAAGGCCAUUCAGAGCAACCAGCCCGACCGGGCGCUCCGCUUCCUGGAGAAGGCGCAGCGGCUGUACCCGACGCCGCGAGUUCGCGCCCUGAUCGAGUCCCUCAACCAGAAACCACAGUCCACCGGUGACCAUCCCCAACCCACAGACACAACGCAAAGGAAAGCAGGUGGGGUGGAUGCCCCCUCGGCCAACGGAGAAGCUGGAGGAGGAGAGAGCACCAAAGGCUACACCGCAGAGCAAGUAGCAGCAGUGAAAAGGGUCAAGCAGUGUAAAGAUUACUAUGAGAUCCUGGGGGUGAGCAGAGGGGCUUCCGAUGAGGACCUGAAGAAGGCCUACCGCAAGCUGGCCCUCAAGUUCCACCCAGACAAGAACCACGCACCUGGUGCCACUGAAGCUUUCAAAGCCAUUGGCACAGCAUAUGCGGUACUUAGUAACCCAGAGAAAAGGAAGCAGUAUGACCAGUUCGGUGACGACAAGAGCCAGGCAGCCCGGCACGGCCAUGGGCAUGGGGACUUCCACCGUGGCUUUGAGGCUGACAUCUCCCCUGAGGACCUCUUCAAUAUGUUCUUUGGCGGUGGCUUCCCGUCUAGUAACGUCCACGUCUACAGCAACGGCCGCAUGCGCUAUACCUACCAGCAAAGGCAGGACCGCAGGGAGAACCAGGGUGACGGCGGGCUGGGGGUAUUUGUUCAACUGAUGCCCAUCCUCAUCCUGAUCCUCGUGUCGGCUCUCAGCCAGCUCAUGGUCUCCAGCCCCCCGUACAGCCUGAGCCCGAGGCCGUCGGUGGGCCACGUCCACAGGCGAGUCACCGACAACCUGAAUGUCGUCUACUACGUGGCAGACACCUUCUCAAAGGAGUACACAGGCUCCAGCCUCAAAACAGUUGAACGGAACGUGGAAGAUGAUUACAUCGCCAAUCUCCGAAACAACUGCUGGAAGGAGAAGCAGCAAAAGGAAGGCUUGCUGUACCGGGCCCGCUACUUCGGUGACACAGAUAUGUAUCACAAAGCACAGAGGAUGAGCACCCCGAGCUGUAACCGACUGUCAGAGGUGCAGGCCUCCCUGCAUGGAUAGUCCUGGGCCAGCCACGCCACCGAGGUCCAAACCAUGAAAUCCCUGGAGAAUUUUUGGUGACAUACACUGAGCCAAGGUGAUGGACUGUAUAUUUAAGGAAAGACGUAAAAAGAAAAAAAAAUUAAAAUGGAAUUGGAGGCCGAACGCCGCACAGCUGCCCUCUCUCUCACCCAGUAAAUGCUGAAAGCUCUUAGGACAGGAAAACCUGCCGCGGGGCUGCUUCCCUUCCUCCCAGGGCUGGCAGAGGCUCAGGCUCCACUUCGGCUCUCUCCUAGGAUACGGAAACCAUGGCAACGAAAGUAGAAUGUAAAACUUGGAGCAAACAUCUAUGGAAAGGGCUGGGGGAGGGGGCGCCCAACUGCCUUCCUCCCCCUUCCGGAGCCACCACCAGUCACCUCUCCAUGGAAGCCAGUCGGAGGCGUUGGCCAAGGAUAGGAGGAGGAGGAACGAGAACUCUCCAUAGAAUAAUUUAUAGAGCAAGUAUAUGUGUGUGUAUAUAUAUAUCUAUUUAUAUGUAAAUAGCAUAUAUAAAGAUAUAUAUAUAUAUCUAUAGUUUACUUUUUAAACUAUGCAGGGAUUUGGUUAAGUUGUUUAGCUGAUUUCUUCCCUGUUUUAGAAAACGAGGCCUGUGUGGGAAAGGGAACUUGGUCCUUCAAAGGCUAGACAUUGGCCAUAGCUGACAGCUUGAAGGGAAGUCGGGUCUUAGCUUUUAACGUUCCCCUCAACCCCAGCCUGCUUUUGAUGGCAGCGGUAAUCAUGAUAAUGUAAGUCCGUAGAGAACUCAGGUUGCUGGAGGGGAGCAGGCUUUCAGGGGAGAAAAUGCCCCUAGGGCCAGGUACCCUGUCAGGAUUCAGUCAAGGUGGAGGCCCCAGGCCGCCUGCGGGUGUGAGACCACCCACCACAAGCUUUGGUCAGCUCAGGUGGGCUCUUAGGCCUGGAGCCCAGCAGCCUUCUGCCCCCCUGCCGCAGAGAGCAGGGUUAGAGGGGGACCAAGUUCUGCCUAACCACUCCCCCCCGCCCCGUCCCAAAGUGGGUUUUGCCUUAUAGAUGCCACAGGACACAGCUCCGCGUUGUUGCCACUGGUUUUUCCCAAGUCAGGCACCAAGGCCUCCAGACAGUUCUUCCAAGAGUCAGCAGGUGGUGCCCAAGACCCUGGGGCAGCAGCUGACUCCUGAAGAAAGCCCAGCCCUGUGGGCACCUCUGUCUCCGCCAUCCAUGGACGUGAUGCCCCCCGGCCUUCUGUUGCACUUUGGACAAAGGCUGCACCUGAACCAGAAGGGUUUUCUUCUACUCACCUUGAAGUGAGGAUUUUUCUCACAACAGCAGUUGCUGCCAGGGGAAGGGGGGGAGGUUUUAUUUAUUCCCACAGUUUAUACUGGGCCUUUUGGAAUUACCGUUUUUCCCAAAUUUUCCUCUGGCAGUGGGUGUGUCCUGGAGCCUGCCAUCUUCCAAAGCCUUACUUCCCCAAGCUGCCAGCCAGGAGGGGACAGCCAUCCUCCCAGAGUUUCUCUUGGCUCUUUUUUUGUUUGUUUUUUUAAAGCCCCCCCACCCCCCAACGAAUAAGAUUCUUGCUGGGAAAGGAAGCUUGGUAAAGAAGUGUCAGAUCUGAUUUUUGAGCGAGAUCCUAGCCUGUGAUGCAGCAGCCGCCCGGCCCAGAGAGACGAUAAGAACUGGACGUGGGCAAGAGCGCCCCACGCGUGGUGGCCCUGGUGCUCUGCUGCCACCACCCCGACCAUCUGGUCUUGGUAGACGUCCCUAGGUGGGCUGACCCAUGUGCAAUAAGAACAUAGAUCCUAAGGGAUCCCCUGAGAAGCUGUAUUUCUUGAAUUAGAAUUCUGAAAUUGUACAUCUAUAAAUAUAUGUUUAUUAUGUGAUUGGC